CAGCUUUCAAUGACACUCCAACCCGCAUGGAUGUUGAAUCGGUCUAACCUUUGCAGAAGGUGCUGUGCAGAAGGAUCUCUCACCGUUUCUGCUACGGAUCCUAAUGCUCGAAGUUAAGUUUUUCUCUUCUCGUUGUGGUUUGGGUGGAACAACUUGCCUCAUAUACUUCGGAACCUGAAUCCAGACCACCACAUCGCCCAAGUUUGCCGGAUUGGUUUUCCUCUGUUUCCCGACCAAAGUGCAAGGUUCGUUGUUUCAAUGUUCACUGCUCAAUCAUCAGUUUUUGUCCUUAGUACAUUCUUUCCUACGGGGAGGAGCCUUCUGAGUCUCCUAAUUUCCAAAUUUAAGAAAGAGUCUGUUUUACAGCUAAGUUUAUCUUGUCCCAGCUGCUCGAAUGGACCUCGUUCAAGGUUUUGACCAUCAUACUUCGUGAAGCAACUAAGCUCCUACAAGCAUUCCAUCCUCUGAACUGCCGUGCUCGGCAGCAACCGUAUCUCAUCUGCUCGAAUGAACAUUGUCCAGAUCAAAGUGCUUCACGCGGUCCUUUCAUUCUAAUGUCAAAGGGCACUCGUCACCAGGUUUAUAUUACUAAGAUCGACCCAAUCGACAGAAGAGAUCACAAUCUACACGGGAUUAUAGUGACAUGAGAAUUAUGGAAAAUACCGAGCUUCAGGUUCAUUGACGUCGGCAGAAGCCACUUACUGCAAAAUCUGUGUUCUGUCAGUAAGCCCAUUUAUCUGGGUCUGAAACCUUGUUAUUCCAGUAUCGUCGGUCACACUGUAUGCUUCCAUUGCCUCACCUGUUUCUGCUGCUGCCAAUGGCAUCUUAACCUGAAAAUCGGAUUGCUUCGCUACUGUUGGGGCCUUUCGCUGAUCAUGUUGCCAGAGUGUGUGUUCCUAAUCUCCUAAACUGCUCAGCUACGAAUAGUGCCCCGCAUCUUUGUUCCUUCCAACGAUCGUAUCCGUGGUCGUGACGUCAUAUGAAAGGAUUUGCAAUGUUUUGAUGCAAGAGGAAUCUUCGAUUGAUGAUAUAGCUAACCGGGCUAAAGAAAGAUCAAAAAUAUGGACAAGCUGUCAGGAUUCGGGUGUCCAUAAUGGCAGAAGUGCAACUGGAACUGGCACAUGGAGGGACCUCGAAGGACUCAAAGAUUCUCAGCAGGAGACAGAUCCACCUCCGAGAGCUUCAAAGAGGUGAGGCCGAGACCUUUACCAGUUCAUCGGACAAACGAUCCUCCCAGGACAUCGGUCCAUCUCUUCAAGACUCCGGGGAGCUUCACCGGAUCCUUAAAUCGACGCUCUCCCUCUCUCUGCAGCUCGAUGACUCUUAUCAAACACCCCACGAGUUAGAAAUCAGAGGAUAGAAUAAAGUCAAUCGUCGGAUUAAAAAUUCAACAGGAUCGUCGCAGGCUAGGUGUGCAGAAAUGGGCGAAGAGCGAGAAAGAGCAUUGCUAAUGAAGAUGGCAGCAAUGUUGUCGUUGCUGCUGUCAGUCGUCGUUGCCGAUGCCUACUAUUCGGAGAGUGACGAGGCCGAGACGCUGACAUACUUCGUCCACUGCACGGACGAGGUGGCGAUUGUGGCAGGCCCGGGGAAGGACACGCGCGACAUGAACAAACUGGCAUUCGGGAGCACUCUCAUCUACGACAACGAUGUCACCGAAGGACCAGAACUGACCUCCAGGCACAUCGGCAGGCGGCAAGGCAUGGCGGUCAUGGACAACUUCGCAGGCCAGAACUACUACCUCCUCUUCACGGUCAUCUUCGAGCAGCACGACAAGUACCAGGGCACUCUGCAGGUCCAGGGGACGGAGAUCGGCCAUGGACCCCGCGAGAUUUCCAUCGUCGGGGGCACGGGUGAUUUCCGAGGCGCCAGAGGCUACUCCACAUUCUACCUGCACACCGCCAUUCCCUACCCCAUUAUCAAGCAGAGCUUCCACAUCUACAAGAGCUCCUUCAACUACAAGCCCUCGAUGAUGCAGGCAUCUGAAUGAGCCGACUGGCUACAAACGCACACGGUGGAACUCUUCGGAUCGGUGGAUCUGAGAACACUGUAAUCGACACGAGGUCGCUCUUGAUCGUAGAUAGUAAAUGCGCCCGCUUCUUCGGUCUUGCAAGUUCUGUAUCGGUGUUCGAAGAUAGAGCGGGAGGAGAUCCUAGUCAGGGCAGCACAUUUUUACGCUUCUCUACGAGAUUGCUUCUUUAUUCUUCAAAAAAGAAAUAAAUUUGGCACAUGCUCUUCUUCGGGCGUCUGUUGAUGGGAGUCAAUGAUGAGUUUUCGUAUUUCAAAUGCCACCAUGCACCUUGCAUACCUCUAGCGAUGUGCUUGAUUUUGUGGUUUUCUAUGGUACCAUAACAAGAUAAAGAAUAC